CCUCGAAUCUGUUCGCGAUGCUUCAACUUAAUAUUGAGGCAAUAAUGUAAUUUAAAAAAAUUCGAUUAAUUUAUUUACAAUUCGAUCUAUCAGUCAUAAAGCUACGACUUAGAAAUAGCGAAGAAGCGAGCUAACAUACCGCUCAAUGGACGACGAUAGUCUCACCCAUCCCUCAUCCGCCAGGUCCUCUAUGAGAUGACCUAACCUAACUGAAACAUCCGAUCGACUCCUCAAUCUCAGGAGGCGUUCUUACAAAUCAAAAUGUCCACCAAAUCUCUCCGGCGAUUAAUACGCCUACCCCUAACCCUCACCCUCCAACCCACCAACAGACCCGCCCCCAACAUCAUCCCCCAAAGCCCCCGGACCCCCCACCUCCGGCCCCUAUCCAGCACCCCCCGCCCAGCCAAAGCCCGGCCAUCCGCGCACCGGGCCAACGUAGUCCGCAUCCAAUUCACAGAAGCAGACAUCCCGCCCCUCUCCUUCUGGGAAACCCACGCCAAACCACCCUUAAUCCCCGCCGACACCGUAACACCAGAAGACUGCCACGCCGCCUGCCAGGACUACGUACCCCUCGCCCUAGAAAACAAACCCGACUGGCGGCGGGUCUUUAACCCCUUCUUCACCCUGCACUACGUCGCCGUGAUCCUUCUGAACACCCCGGGCAACACCUCUCUAGCCCUACACAUCCUGCACACCGGCAUAGCGCUCAACUACGCCCCAAGCAUCCUAACAGUCGCCCGCCUCGCCUUCAAAACCAACAAACUCGACGACUCGCGCUUCGUCGCCGCCAAGGAAGGUCUGGGGCGGCUAUCCUCGCCGCCACGCAAAGGCCCCGGAAGCCUGUACCGGCCCGACGCGCUGACUCUCUCCGGGCUCGCGGCCUCAGCGCUCCAGACACCCAAAGACGACGAGCGCGCGCUAAAGUUCUUCGAGGAAGCAGCCUCGGUGUACGCCUCGGUGCCCAACGCAGAGUGGCAGUGGCGCACGAGCGCCGUGCUCGAGCAGAGCAAGAUCCGGCUGCGGCAGAAGCGGCCGGACUUGGCGCGCGAGGUUCUCGAGAAUAAUGUGCGCGAGCUGGAUAAUGCGGAGGUGCUGUACGCGUACGCGAUGCUCCUACCGGACUCGGACCCAGCACGCGUGCGUAUGAUCGAGCGGGCGGCGAUCAGCGCUUCCCCGGGCGCUGCGCGGGAGAUGGGGCGGAUCGAGUUGGAGCGGGCCUCGCAGCCGGGGUUGAGCGAGAGGGACCGUCGAGACAGGUGGGUUUUUGCCAACGAGUGGUUCAGGAUUGCAGGGGAUAAGUCGAUUUAGUCGCCUGCCUAGAUAACUGUAUGAAUUUGGGGUGUGUGGCUUAUUAUGGCGCUCGUCAUGCUGCUGAAAAACGACGAACGGGGUUCAAAAUCACAGGAGAUAGGAGCGUGGCUUGUAUAUACUACUUAGAUACUACUAGGACGAGAAUAAGAGGUUGAAAUCUCUAUCUCUCAAUUGUAUAUAUAGAUGUGUU